AUGGAGAACCAAGCCAAUCACAUCGACGCUACCACAAUUGCACGACUGUUUCACACGGUUGCAUUCGAUGACAAAUCCAUCAAGAUCUCACACAAGACGCUGCUGCUGGUGUCCGAAUACAUCAAACUGUUCACCUCCGAGGCGAUCGUGAGAUCGAACGUGGAACGUUUAGAAGAGGGAAAGCGCGAUAAAGAGCGCUACAGGGUCGAUGUAGACGAACAUUUGGAUGAGAAACAGCAGGACGCCGUGCUGGACACGCGUCAUUUGGAGGCGGUGGCCGGACUACUCACGUUGGACUUCUAA